AUGGUAGGACUGUCACCACGCAAACGACGAGGUUUGGUAAACGGAGUAGGGUCAAUAGCAAAGCAACUAUUUGGCACAAUGAAUGCAAGUGAUGAAAAAAUUAUAACUGAACAUAUUGGUUUGUUGGAAAAUAGACAGGAAGCGGAAGAACACGCUAUAAAAAAUCACCUAAAGGUGCUGAACGCAACGGUAACACAUCUGAAUACUGUGGAAAGCGUCAUUCAGAAAAAUGAAGAAAGGUUAGCAAAAUCAGUAUCAAAAAUAGUAGCAUCAGUAAAUAAACAAGCUCAAGUGGCGGAUAAUCGGAAGAAAAAAUCCAGCGAAAAAGGCCGAAUUAAUUACCACGAGGAGCAGCAAGCGUUAGAAAGCAGUGUAAGCAAAGCAGCAGCGGCGGUAAGCAGCGGCGUAAGCAGAGCAGCGGCAAGCAGCAGCGGGGAGUGGUGCAACGGCAGUAGCAGCAGAAAGCAUCGGGGACCAACAGCUGGACCAGAGGCAUCGCAACAUCGAGACAGGAAUGCGGCUGUUAAUCUGCAACCAUCCAACAAUUACGGUAAUGAUAGGCGCGAGACACAAUCCGAACGAACAAGUCGGGUUAGGAAUUUGAUUCCGGUACCAGAGCCGAAAACAGCGCCGGCUGCAUUGUACCAGGAACCAAAUAUAUUCAGACGGACCGUGGUGUUUGAUAGUAACGCGGAGUUACACUCAAACGUGGAACUCGAGCGGGAGUUUCUAUUUGAUCUUGACGGUAGCAUUUGCAGGGCGGUGGUAUCACGAGCAACGCAACUCACAGGCGUAAGUAUUCACUAA